AUGCGUCCUCCAUCGACCGACCUGCUCCGGGCCCUGCGCCUAGCUACAUUCCCUUCCCUACGACAAUCGGCGCCCUCAUGUUCAUGUUCAUGUUCAUGUACAUAUUCGCCAGCAACUAUACGACCAGCAUGUCUCGCAGCCCGACCGACCUCUCGAUGUCCGACCUCGUCUUCGCCUUCGCCUCUUCUUCGCCGCACAAUCCAAACCUCGUCGCAGCUGACCAAACAGUCUCUAUCACCGGGGCGUCCUGUCUCGUCUCCUCGGCGCACGGAAAACACGAACACAAGUCCUACGACCUCAAAACCUACUGCUACUUCUGAUCUCGAUUCUCGCUCAUCACUGAACCCACAAGCUCCCAAGUCCCACGACCGCGGCCCCGCGUCGGAGGAAGACACGCAAACCGAUUUCGCCAAGAUGGACAUCCUAACCAACGCCGGAGCCACGACCCCCGCGACAUCCAUUGACGCAUGUGUCCAUGACGGCUUCCACUUGAACAACGGCGUCCAGACGCGCGGCGGAUUGGGCGUGUUACUGCUUGAUGGGGAGGCGUUUGUAUGGGCGCCGUGGAAUGCGAAUGCCGCCAACAAAAAGAAGGAAACAGAUAGUACUUCUUCUACAACUACAAACGGAGGAGUCACUUCAUCUCCAGAAGGGUUCAACGCGUUCCUCGACCGUCGCGGUAUCCUCACCAUCCCGCCUUCGUCGCUGGGGAUUUUCGAGCUGAUCUACCCGAGACCAGACUUGUUGCUGAUCGGCACGGGGAGGAAAUUGUGGAUGCUCGGUGCCGAGACGAGGAAGUAUUUGUCCGAACAGCUGGGGAUUAGGGUCGACAUUAUGGACACUGCCAACGCCGCUGCCGCGUAUAAUUUGCUCGCCAUGGAGAGGGGCGUUACUGAGGUGGCUGGAUUGAUGAUUCCGGAUGGGUUCGUCGGGAAAUGA